AUUAUUUCCGUUAACACGAAGAACCGUCGUCUUCUCUCCACUUCACACUUUCUCUCUCUUUCUUGAAGUUGCUUAUUUAGAAACCCUAAGGAGAGCGAUAAUCCCAAGACCGUGCGAAAAGAAGAAAAAAGAGGAGAUGAAGAUCAAAUCGAACUUGAAACAGCUUAAGCUCUCUGUUCCAGCUCAAGAGACCCCAAUCUCUUCCUUCCUGACUGCAAGUGGAACGUUUCACGAUGGAGAUUUUCUGCUGAACCAGAAGGGGCUAAGGCUGACGUCAGAUGAGAAGCAAUCAAGGCCAUCUGAUAGCAAAGAGCUUGAUUUCGAAAUUACUGCUGAAGACUUAGAGACAGUGAAAGUCAUCGGAAAAGGCAGCGGUGGAGUCGUACAAUUAGUUCGGCAUAAAUGGGUUGGCAAAUUAUUUGCUAUGAAGGUCAUACAGAUGAACAUACAAGAAGAAAUCCGCAAGCAAAUAGUCCAGGAGCUCAAGAUAAACCAAGCAUCAUCACAGUGUCCACAUGUAGUUGUCUGCUACCACUCUUUCUAUCACAACGGAGCCUUUUCCCUUGUGCUCGAAUACAUGGACCGUGGAUCUCUUGCUGAUGUGAUAAGACAAGUGAAGACUAUUCUUGAACCUUACCUUGCUGUUGUCUGUAAACAGGUCUUGCUUGGCCUUGUGUAUCUGCACAACGAAAGACACGUCAUACACAGAGACAUUAAACCAUCAAACCUUCUUGUGAACCAUAAAGGAGAAGUGAAAAUCUCAGAUUUUGGUGUCAGUGCAAGUCUUGCUAGCUCCAUGGGACAGAGGGACACAUUUGUUGGAACCUACAACUACAUGUCGCUAAAUCCGCCUAGCUUUUAUGAACUCUUGGCAGCAAUCGUAGAGAGUCCACCACCUACUGCUCCUUCUGAUCAAUUCUCACCUGAAUUCUGCUCCUUUGUAUCAUCCUGCUUACAAAAGGAUCCUCCAGCGAGAUCAUCAUCUCUAGAUCUCUUGAGUCAUCCAUUUAUUAAAAAGUUUGAGGACAAGGACAUUGAUCUCGGGAUACUUGUUGGGAAUUUGGAACCACCUGUUAACUACCUAAGAUAAGCAAGUCCGCUUCUCUUCUUCUGCAUUUGAUAUAUGAUAUGAUAGGAUAUGAUAAGAUACAUGAUGUGUAAUGUGUCUCUAAGAAUAUUAUUACUUGAUCAUCAAAAUUGAAUGAGAUUUUAUUAUUCAAUUCUAUUCUACUUUAAUAGACCAAGUCAAUUUAUAAAAAAAAAGUUCCUCC